UACACUGAGAACAGGGAGGAACCUGAAGCAGAAAGAGUUCAGAGUCCGUUCAGAGCAGAAGGAGGAGAACUGAAGGCCGAGGCAGGACUGACUGAAGUCCAGAAGAUGAUGAAGAGGAAGAGGAGGACAGAGGAAGAGGAGGACGGAGCAGAGUCCUCAGGAUCCAGCUGUCUGUCUACGAAGAGUCACCGGUCCAGAACUCCUCCAGUCUUCAGUCCUGAACCUGGACCCUCAGACUCAAAAGAGAGGAAGAGGAGUCCUGUUCCUGUGGAGGAGCAGCCGUCCUGCUGUGCUUUGUGUCAGGACGUCCUGAAGGAUCCAGUCUCUACCAGCUGUGGACACUGGUUCUGCAGAUGGUGCAUCACCCAAUACUGGGACCAGUCUGCUUCAUCGGGACACUCCUCCUGUCCCCAGUGUGGAGACAGAUCCAGAACCAGAGCUGGACUGCAGACAGCCAGUCAGAGCAGCUCUGUACAAAUGAGAGGUGGUCUGCAGGAGGUUUUAGAUGAACAUAAGAUCAGUCUGAGGAGGAGAUGUGAACGUGUGACUGAAGGAAGUGAUGAAACAGGAAGUGGAACCCUCCUCAACAGGAUCUACACUGAGCUCUACAUCACAGAGGGACAGAGUGAAGAGGUUAAUACCCAGCAUGAGGUGAGGCAGCUUGAGACAGCUUCCAAGAAGAAGACCCUCCAUGACGCUCCAAUCAGGUGCCAGGACAUCUUUAAAGCCUUACCUGGCCAACAGAGAGCCAUCAGAGUGGUUCUGACCAACGGCGUCGCUGGCGUUGGAAAAACCUUCUCGGUGCAGAAGUUCACUCUGGACUGGGCAGAGGGCUCGGAAAACCAAGAUGUCGGUCUGCUGGUUCUGCUCUCGUUCAGGGAGCUGAACUUGAUCAAAGAUGAGCGGCACAGUCUCCUCACGCUGCUCCACGUUUUCCAUCCAACAUUACAGAAGGUCCCAGCAGAGAAGCUCGCCGUCUGGAAACUGUUGUUCAUCUUUGACGGCCUGGAUGAAAGCAGACUUUCAUUGGAUUUCCACAACAGUGAGGUUGUGUCUGAUGUCACACAGAAGUCAUCAGUCAACCUGCUGCUGACAAACCUCAUCGAGGGGAAUCUGCUUCCCUCGGCUCUCGUCUGGAUAACUUCCCGACCUGCGGCGGCCAAUCGGAUCCCUCCUUCGUGUGUCGGCAGGGUAACGGAAGUACGAGGCUUCGCUGACGCCCAGAAGGAGGAGUACUUCAGGAGGAGAGUCAGUGAUGAAGAGCUGUCCAGCAGAAUCAUCUCACACAUCAAGACCUCCAGGAGCCUCCACAUCAUGUGUCUAAUCCCAGUCUUCUGCUGGAUCACUGCUACAGUUCUGGAGCACAUGUUGACUACAGAGCAGAGAGGAGAGCUGCCCAAGACCCUGACUGACCUGUACUCACACUUCCUGCUGGUUCAGAUAAAGAGGAAGAAGCAGAAGUACGAUGAGGGACAUGAGACGAGUCCACAGGAGCUGACGGAGGCUGACAGGGAGGUUCUUCUGAAGCUGGGGAGGCUGGCGUUUGAUCAGCUGGAGAAAGGAAACCUCAUGUUCUACCAAGAAGACCUGGAGCAGUGUGGUCUUGAUGUCACAGAGACCUCGGUGUACUCAGGAGUUUGUACAGAGAUCUUCAAAAGAGAGAGUGUGAUCUUCCAGAAAACAGUCUACUGCUUUGUUCAUCUGAGCGUUCAGGAGUUUCUGGCUGCAGUCUACAUGUUCCACUGUUACACCAGCAGGAACUCAGAGGGACUGGAGGACUUCCUGGGGAAGGACUGGGACAGUGAAAACAGUGACUGUUUCCUGAAAGAUGACAAUAAUCAUGAUUACCCUUCCGUGGAUGUCUUCCUGGUGAGAGCCAUGAAGAAAUCUCUCAAAAGUAUAAGUGGCCACCUGGACCUGUUUGUUCGCUUCCUUCAUGGCCUCUGUCUGGAGUCCAACCAGAGACUCUUAGGAGGCCUGCUGGGUCAGACAAAGACCAGUUCAAGAACCAUCCAGAGAGCCAUCAACAUCCUGAAGGAGAUGAACAGUGAUGAGAUCUCUCCUGACAGAAGCAUCAACAUCUUCCACUGUCUGACGGAGAUGAACGACCACUCUGUACAUCAGGAGAUCCAAGAGUUCCUGAAGUCAGAGAACAGAUCAGAGAAGAAACUCUCUGUGAUCCACUGCUCAGCUCUGGCCUACAUGCUGCAGAUGUCAGAGGAGGUUCUGGAUGAGUUGGACCUGAAGAAGUACAACACAUCAGAGGAGGGACGACUGAGACUGAUUCCAGCUGUGAGGAACUGCCAAAGAGCUCGACUUUCUGGGUGUGGACUCACAGAAAUUCACUGUGAAGUCCUGUUAUCGGCUCUGCAGUCCAACCCAUCACAUCUGAUAGAACUGGACCUGGGUUAUAACACUCACCUGAAAGAUUCAGGAGUUGAAUGGCUCUCUGCAGGACUGAAGAGUCCACACUGUGGGCUGGAGACUCUGAGGCUGACAGACUGUCAGAUCACAGUUGAAGCCUGUGCUUCUCUGAUCUCAGCUCUGAAGUCUAACCCCUUCCAUCUAAGAGAGUUGGACCUCAGUAAGAAUUUUGUGCAAGAUUCAGGAGUGAAGACGUUUUCUGAUUUUCUACACUCUCCAGACUGUAGACUGAAGACUCUGAGGUCAGACUUCCAGAUUCUUUAUAAAUCACGGAAAAUGUGUGAGGAAAUCACAUUAAUUUAGUUCUGUUGAUGUAAA